GUCGCCACUUGCCUGCCAGGUCGCCGUUGAGCUCCACACUUAACGAAACUAAUGCAUACUUAACGAACGCUGCGCCACUGACACAAGCUGCCAGCUCCGAUAUCAUGAACACCAUUGAACAAUAGAUGUCGCCACUCGGCUGCCAGGUUGCCCGGCAACCAUUUGAAUUAAUCAAAACAGAACAUGACAAGUGCAAAUUUGCUUACGACAAGCCGUAAAUCAAGUGAGAAAAUCAAAUAAUAAAUAUGAAAUUCAUACCUCUGCACACGACAAACACGUCGAUUGUGUACAAGAACUCGCUUUGCUCGCUGGCAUCGCUGCUGGUGCUCGUUUUCAUCGCCUUGUCUGUGAUGCUGCCCGUUUUAUUGGUUUCAGUGCUGAGUCCCUACUCCGGCAUAUCCGAGUCCCGUGUGUUAUAUGAACAGCCCGUCGUACAGUUCAAAUAUCAAUAUAUAUUCGUGGCCAACAUGGAGGCCAAGCUGGAAAAUGCAUCGCUGGAAGAGUCCUUUUUGGCGUGCAGCAGUUUUGGCAACUUGAAUGCACGCCUGCAGAACUAUUCGAGCCGCUGCGAUGCGACCAAAUAUUGGACACAGGAUUUGGAUUACGAUACGGUCACGGAUCGGCUGCACUUUCAGCUGGAACUGCAGCAGCUGCCCGCACGCCUGAUGAACUUUGAUUUGUUGCUGUUCUUCGAGGCGCAGCUGCGGCACAAGUGCAUCCUCAAUCCGCCCGCUGUGCUGGCGCAUCAGCUGCAGCUGCCACAGGCGGCGCGUCUGCAAAACGGACGCAUCCAGCUGAAGGGUGAGCUGAAGCUGAAGCAAUAUGUGGAGUUCACCUGCCCCUUUCCGGGUCGCAACAUCCAAACACACUUUCGCCAGGUGCAGCUGGACACGAAUAACAGCCAGGCGGAUAUGUCGCAAUAUAAGAUGGAAUCGCUGCUGGCUCAGGUCAAGGCAAAUCCAGCCUACUUUCAGCUGGCCGUGCAGGAAACCUAUUACAGGCCCAGUGCGCCGCGCUUGGAGCCCGGCCUGAAUAUCGAACUGGAGUUGGAUGUGCUGCAAUUGCCGGCACGCUAUCAUUUGAGCAUUUGGGAGCGUCUGGGUCAGUUCUGGUUGUAUUUCGCCUCAUUCUUUGGCAUUUCGUUUUACCUGAUGAACAAGCUGAAGGAUUUUCUGUUCGGCCGACACAUCAUACGCUCCUGGGAGAUAAUACCGUGGAAGAAGCUCUACUGACACGAAUCGGGCGCCAUACUCGAAAUGGACGACUUCUCGAUUGGCGAAUGAGACAACACAUUUUACAAUUUCAGUCAAUGUGUAAAUUAAAUAACAAUUAUACAAUGAAUUUAA